UUUCAGCUAUAAAUUAAAAAAUUCCUAAAUUUUGGCAACUCCCGCCAAACAGACGUCAAGUGAUGAACCGACAGAACCGGAGCUGCUAAAACCUGAACCUUAAUUUCCGUAACGAUCUCUCCCUAUUACCAAACCCUAAUUCUUGCCCUAACCCUAACCCCCAAUUCCUAAGCGUGGAAUCCUAAUAAAGACGACGAAUAGAAGAAGAAGAAGAAGAAUGAGAUGGAGUCCCAAUUCCAUCACAAUUCCUCCGAGAGGCGCCCAACCUUCCGAUCCAAGACUCUCCCUGUCAAAUGGUUCAAAGAAUGGGUUCCACAAGAUGUCAUAGCAACAGGUGGAGAGUGCUCUCUAAUGAAGUGGGUGAAAGCGGAUACAUCAGAGGCUUUGGAUGAGAAAUCAAAGAAAACAAUGGCUCCAGAGCCAGAACCAACAAACAAAGUACUUUUUCUUUGCAGCUAUGACAGCUGUGGGAAGAUCUUUAUUGAUGCUGGUGCUUUGAGGAAGCAUGCUGACAUCCAUGCGGAGAUACAACAUGUUUGUCUGUAUGAGGGUUGUGGAAAGAAAUUUUUGGAUAGUUCAAAGAUGGAAAGACACUUUCUUAUUCAUUCCGAAGAAAAGGAUUAUGUAUGUCCUCGUGAAGGCUGUGGCAAGGCCUUCUCCCAGGAAUACUUCCUUUUGUACCACAUGAAAACACAUUCAGCAGAGAACUAUUAUAACUGUCCAUACCCAAACUGCCUAAGGAGAUAUCCAUAUGAGUACAAGCUUAAAAACCACAUUGUAGAUUACCAUGAAACGAUCGACGAGCCAGUUUGUGUGCCAAAAUAUGCCACCCUACCUGCAGAGAAGCAAAUCAGAACUCCCAAGCCUCCUUGUGGCAAAGCAUCAUCGGAUCUUUCUUAUGCUUGCAUUUAUGACGGGUGUAAUAAGACGUACAUCCAUGAAGACAAGCUUAAGCGGCAUUAUAGGGCAGUGCAUCCUGGCCAUGUGUUUGAUGUUACUCGCAAUGAGAUCGAUGAAGCCAGUGAUCAAGAUGCCUAUGCCGGAAAACGUGUGAAUGUCAAGAGCCUGCAAAACAUGCUCAGACCUAACUGGAAGUGAAGAAACAGAAGAGGACAGUGAAGAAAUGUUAAGAAAGUGAAGAAACAGAGGAGGACCAUGACAAUGUUGAAGCUGGUUGGAGGUGUGGUGACAACAAUGGCGACGAUGAUGAGGAAACAGAGGACGAAGCUAGAUAGUAGAUAUGCGCGGAGGCUCUUUUUUCUUUGUUUCCUUGUUCGUCAAUUUUCUUCUUCUAAAAAUGGAGUUGGAGGCACUUUGUAUGUAACCCACCCUACUGCCAUUUUUUUUGUUUCGUUUUGUGUUAUCUUCCCUUUGGAAGGGGCACUGUGAUUACUGAUUAGGCAUUUGUCCAUACAUUACUAUUCAGUUUGGAAAUCAAGUCCAUAGAUUACUAUUUUUGAUAAAAUAAGCUCUUGA